AUGCUCGCCGCCUCAGCUCUGGUAGCGGUGCUGUGCUGGAGUGUGCGUCUUGCGGGAGCGGCGACCGGCCAUGUCUACGUAUAUGAUGGCGCAGAGGCAGAGAGGCAACAGGCGACAGCAUCGCGAAGCUUAUCGCCGGUACAGGCUCGUCUGGUUCUGGCGCAACGAGCGGGCGUAGAAGACUACCACAGCGCCGACUUGAGAGAAGAUGGCGUCCUGCGGGCGAUCAACGACUUUGGGCGGAGAAGGUCACUGUUCGCGGAGCAGGAGUUGAGCCGGAAAGCAUUGCUUUUGGUGGAAGGCGUCAGAGAUGCUGAGGCUGAGCUACCACAACUAUCGCAUUAUCGCUCCUUCGCCAUCGAUGACGCUCCCGGCGCCUCAGCAACCCGCGGUCUCUGGACCGAUCUUGGCCGCCAGUCUCUACCCUCUGUUUACCCUUCAGAUCUUUCCGAUGGCGAGAUCAUUGAGAGCAUGCAAGACAUUCAAAGUGUCAGCCACCACGACUUCCUCUAUAUUGCCAAGAACAUGCCCGAGUUUCAGCGCGUACUCGAUUACGUCCUCAAGGUCGACAAACAUGCUUUGACCGUAUACGUAUCUCCUCCCGGACAAUACAACAAGGAGGGCGAAUGGGACGUCACGUCGCCGUGGGGGACAUACGAGAUGCCGGGCACACAAUCACCGCUCAAGAAACGGGAGGCUCGCGCUCCAGUCGAAGAGCCUCUAGAGCUUGAGCCUGAAGAAAACUACUUCAACUCCACCUCCACCGUGCCAAACUCCGCAAGCGCACCUCUCGCCGUCCUCGCCUCCAACGAAUCCGGCUCACCACUCACGGGCAUCCUCCCGGCCUGCUUCCCCUCCCUUUCCUCCUGCCAAUCCAGCACCCGCAACUGCACCGGCCACGGCAGCUGCCGCCUCGCUUACGUCGAUCAAUCGGCCGCUGCACAGUCACCCUUCAAGAACUGCUACUCAUGCCAAUGCACCGCCACCAAACGGACCACCGGCUCCGGUGGUACGAAGACGACGUACUGGGGCGGCCCGGCGUGCCAGAAGAAGGAUGUCAGCGUGGAGUUCUGGAUGAUCGCGCUGUUCAGCGUCGGCAUGGUUGCCUUGUUGAGCUUUGCGGUGGGCAGUAUCUGGGGUAUGGGCGACGAUGAGCUGCCGAGUGUGAUCGGGGCGGGUGUUAGUGGGCCGGUGAAGAGGUCAUAG